CUUCAUCUAUCCCUCUUCCCAUGGAGAAACACAAAUCUCUCAACAACCCUGUCAUCAACCUUUCCAACAAAUUUCUCGAUCGCCCGACCGCCUCCAACCGCCCCACCAUGCCUCCCGGAGGCGGAUGGAAAGCUGCCAUCUUCAUAAUAUUCGUGGAGGUUGCUGAACAAUUUGCCUUUAUUGGCUUGUCCAGCAACCUCAUCAUGUACUUCACCACCGUCUUCCACGAACCCCUUGGUGUGGCGGCGAAGCAAGUCAAUAACUGGGUCGGCGUCUCCGCUGUGUUCCCGUUACUCGGCGCCUUUGUCGCCGACUCGCUACUUGGCCGGUUCAAAACCAUAAUCAUAGCCUCCCUCAUCUACUGUCUUGGAAUGGUGCUGUUGACGAUAUCGGCCACCGUUAUCGGAGCCGAUCAUCGGAAGCCGGUGUUUUUUUUGGCCUUGUACAUUUUGUCGGUCGGAGAAGGCGGUCACCGACCUUGUGUACAGACCUUCGCCGCCGAUCAGUUUGACGAGGAGUCGCCGGAGGAGAGAAAGAAGAAAAGUUCGUUCUUUAAUUGGUGGUAUGUGGGCCUUGUGGUGGGCUCCACUUUCGCUGUCUUUGUGGUUAUUUACGUUCAGGAUAAUAUCGGAUGGGGACUGAGUUUUGGAAUUCUAGCCGGAGUUUUGGCGGCGGCGAUAAUUCUAUUUCUGGCCGGAGUGAAGAAGUACAGACGCCAAGUUCCGGUCGGAAGUCCGUUGACGAGGAUUGCUCAGGUGGUGGUAGCGGCAGUGAGGAAGUGGCGCGUGGACGAGACGCGCCAUGAAUGGAGAGUGUGUUACGACGAAGAGAACCACGCCAAAAAUGAGGGGGAAAGUCAAUAUAAGCUUAUGACUUUAGUUCGCACAAACCAAUUCAGGAUUUUGGAUAAGGCGGCGUUGAUAGACGAAGAAGACGAGGCGAGGAAGAAGCGGAACCCGUGGCGACUGAGCACAGUGAGGGAGGUGGAGGAGGUAAAGCUGGUGGUGCGGCUGAUUCCGGUGUGGGUGAGCUGUUUAAUGUUUGCAGUGGUGCAAGCUCAGAUGCACACAUUCUUCACAAAGCAAGGCUCCACCAUGCUCCGCUCCGUUGGCCCCCACUUUCAGCUCCCGCCGGCAUCUCUUCAAGGGGUCGUCGGCCUCACCAUCCUUCUCACUGUCCUCUUCUACGACCGCGUUUUUGUACCCGCUGCCAGAAACUUUACAGCCCACCACUCCGGCAUAACAGUGCUACAAAGAAUAGGAAUGGGCCUAUUCAUCUCUAUCCUCACCAUGGGUGUCUCCGCGCUGGUAGAGGCCAAAAGAGUAACUAUCGCUGCCCAGCACGGCCUCACCGACACCCCGAAAGUGACGAUUCCGAUGACGAUCUGGUGGCUAAUUCCACAAUACAUGCUCUGCGGAGUGUCGGACGCCUUUGCCAUCAUUGGUCUCCAAGAACUUUUCUACGACCAAAUGCCCCAAUCCAUGAGGAGCUUAGGCGCGGCGGCAUACAUAAGCAUCAUUGGGGUCGGAAACUUCCUGAGUAGCGCGGUGAUCUCGAUCGUCCAGGCCGGGAGCGGAGGGAGCUGGCUGGAGGACAAUUUGAACCGUUCAAAUCUACAUUACUUUUAUUGGGUUUUGGCUGCAUUGAGCGCAUUGAAUUUGUGUGGGUAUGUUUGGAUUGCCAAUGGGUUUGUGUACAAAAGAGUUGGAGACAAAAAUAAUGGUGAUGAUGUGAAGAACAGUAAUAAUAUUAAUGGCUGCUAUGGGGAUGAUAUGAUUUGAAGAAUUAUUAUGAUAUGAUUAGAGAGAAAAGAUAUAUAGAAUGAUGAUGAUUAAUCUCUAUAAUGAUGAUGAUUAAUCUCUGUCUUCUUAAUUUUACUAAUUUGCUAGAGUUUGAGUUAAUGUAGAGGUCUUUGGUUUGUGUUG